UCGGUGCUCCUCUAGCAGUCUCGGAACAGACCUCAUAAUCGAUUACAGAUUCAUCGAUCCUGCUACCCAUGCUUUAAUUUCACCAUGGAGAAACCUGUAGGUACUUUACAAGAGCAAGCUUUGAAAAGGAAAGAACGAUUAAAAGCUCUACGAGACCGACAGCUUCAAGGACAGGCACCUGAGGAUGGAGAGCCUGCGAGCAAAAAAGCUCUGGAGGACACUGAGACAGAGGACAGACACAGAGAGCUGAAGCUGAGAAAUUACACACCGGAGGACGAGGAGCUGAAGGAGAGACAGGUGCCCAAAGCAAAACCUGCAUCAGUGGAGGACAAGGUCAAGGACCAACUGGAAGCUGCAAACCCAGAGCCUGUGAUUGAGGAAGUGGAUCUGGCCAAUCUUGCCCCCAGAAAACCAGACUGGGAUCUAAAGAGGGAUGUUGCUAAGAAGCUUGAGAAACUAGAGAGGCGAACACAAAAGGCUAUUGCUGAACUUAUACGGGAACGGCUCAAGGGCAGCGAGGCAGAGCUGGCGGGAGCGGUCGGAGCAGUUGGCAUGGAAGAGGGAGACUCCGAUUGAAGGACGGUCCCACACAACAGAUUUUCUAGAACUUUCUGGCCUAUUUCCCGUUACAUAGCAGUGUGUGUUUAAAAUGCAUUUCUUAGCAUGAAUUUACACACAACCAAAUCAGGUGAUUAGAAGUGUGAGAGAGAAUGAUAUAGAAAGAAUGACAUACAUGUGUGUGUUUUCAUAUGGAGUACACAAAGAAUGUCAAUCCUUCUUUUUUCGUUGUUGUUUAUAAGUAAACAAAUGUUUUUUAAAUUGA